AAAAAGAAAAAAAGAUGGGGGCGGCAGGGGGAAAUGCAAGCGGACUUUUCAUAGGAAAUCUGUCAAAAUGUAAUUUAAUAUACACGGGGAAGUGAACAAAUUAGAUGCGACGCGGGUAAAAUGCGUGCGCGCGCUAGAUGCUGGAUGAAUACCUCGUGCAAUUGCAUCUGUGGUAAAGAUGUAAAGUUAGAGUGGAAUCAUUACUUUGGGGGUGGGUUAAAAAGAAGACGGACAAAAGAAAGUAAAAAAAAAGCUCCCUCCUCCAUGCCCCCCCCCGCCUCCUUCUAGGUGUGACAGAAACAACAAAGGGACGCGGAACAAACUCGCAUCAGGACCACAGGCGGGCAGAUCUCUGUGCACUACAGGGCGGGCUGCGAACAAGAUUGAAUGGAGGGAGAACCGACAGCCAGAUUCGACUGAAGGAAGCAGAGCAGCGGAGUGGCGAAGGACUAAAAGUGGACGGGAAAGGAGAGAGAGAGAAAAAGAGAGAGAGAGAUCUGACCCGGUGAUUCCAGAAGUGAAUGUCUUUUAGAGGGCCCUCUCCAUGGAUAUAGACACAGACUAUGAGCGGCCCAAUGUGGAAACCAUUAAAUGUGUGGUGGUAGGGGAUAAUGCAGUAGGCAAGACCAGGCUAAUCUGUGCCCGGGCCUGCAAUGCCACCCUUACACAGUAUCAGCUGCUUGCCACCCACGUGCCGACCGUCUGGGCCAUCGACCAGUACCGUGUAUGCCAGGAGGUUUUGGAGAGAUCUCGCGAUGUAGUGGAUGAGGUCAGUGUGUCCCUGAGGCUAUGGGACACAUUCGGGGAUCAUCACAAAGACAGACGAUUUGCCUAUGGCAGGUCUGACGUUGUGGUGCUUUGCUUCUCUCUGGCUAAUCCCAAUUCCCUGCGCCAUGUCCGCACCAUGUGGUUCCCGGAGAUCAAGCACUUUUGUCCCCGGACACCCAUCAUUCUGGUUGGCUGCCAGUUGGACCUGCGCUACGCCGACCUUGAUGCAGUCAACCGUGCACGCCGCCCCCUAGCAAAACCAAUCAAACCUACGGAUAUCCUUCCACCAGAGAGAGGCCAUGAGGUGGCAAAGGAACUUGGGAUUCCCUACUACGAGACCAGUAUUGUUGCCCAGUUUGGAGUCAAAGAUGUCUUUGACAAUGCCAUCCGAGCGGCCCUCAUCUCCCGUCGUCACCUGCAGUUCUGGAAGUCACACCUGAAAAGGGUCCAGAGGCCCUUUCUCCAGGCGCCCUUCCUGCCUCCUCGCCCACCUCGCCCUAUAGUUGGAAUUCCAGACCCGCCUUCCACAGACGGGGAGGGCCCCGAUUCCCUUUUCUGCCAGCCGUUGUGCACAGAUGUUCUUUUCCUUCUGCACGAUGGGGCCACUCGCGUAUUUGCACACAAAGUAUAUCUGGCAACAUCUUGCUCCAAGUUCUACGACCUCUUCACCCUUGAUCUUGGUGGAUCCUGCACAGAGCCACUGGGGGAGGAGCAGGAGAACAAGGAAAACUUGGAGAGUGUUGAGGAAGAUGAGCAGAGCAGGAGAGGAGCCAAGGAGCAAGCUGGGCGCACUAAGAGCCUGGACAUUGAUAACGACGGGAUGGAUGGAGGAGUGCGGGGCCUUAAUCGACCCCAGCUGCUUCAGCAGGGCUCUUUGAGGACUUCCCAGAGUGAUAACGCACUUCCCUCCCGAGCCCACUACUCCCUGGGAGCUCUAGGGACCAGUCGAGCGCUUUCAGGAUGGGGGAGGGGGUUCCUGAGUGUGUGUGUUGAGCAUGUUGAUGACCCCAUGACGGGACGCCCACGACUCAUGACUGUGGUAGCCAUGGAUGCUCUUAUACAGGAGGAACCGUUCAAGGCGGUGCUUCAGUACCUGUACACGGGCAGCCUGGACGAGAGCCGUGGCGAUCUGAUGCAAGUGGCCACCAUCGCAGAGCUGCUCGAGGUGUUUGACCUGCGGAUGAUGGUGGCCAAUGUUCUCAACAGAGAGAGCUUCAUGAAUCAGGAGAUCACAAAGGCUUUCCACGUGCGCAGAGCCAACCGCAUCAAGGAGUGUCUCAACAAAGGCACCUUUGCUGAUGUGGCGUUUCGACUGGACGAUGGCUGCCUGCCGGCCCACAAGCCCCUGCUCAUCUCCAGCUGCAGCUGGAUGGCCGCCAUGUUCCGAGGUUCUUUCAUGGAAAGCUACAUCGAGGAGGUAUCCAUCCCUAACACCGGUGCAGCCUGUAUGCGCGGGGUCUUGGAGUUCCUGUACUGCGGUCUGUUGACACCCAGUACUGGUCUGGAGCCCAUCGAACUUAUUAUCCUCGCCAACCGCCUGUGUUUGCCCCGCCUGGUUGCCCUCACAGAACAGCACGCUGUAGAUGAGCUUCUCCAGUUGGCUGCAAAAGGAGGCGACAUUGAUGGACAAGUGUUGGCUUACCUUGAGCUUGCACAGUUCCACAAUGCCAAGCAACUAUCAGCUUGGUGUCUCCAUCACAUCUGCACUAAUUAUAACAGCAUCUGCCGCAAGUUUCCCAAAGACAUGAAGGUCAUGUCUGCAGAAAACCAGAAUCACUUUGAGAAGCAGCGCUGGCCUCCUGUGUGGUUCCUGAAGGAGGAGGACCGCUACCUGCGCUCUCAGAAGGAGCGCGAGCGCGAGGAGGAGAUCUUGCGGAAGCAACACAACAAGCGGGGCUGGUGUUUCUGGAGGCACCCGUCCUCCUCUCCACACGUCUCCUAAAGGGUCUCCUCAAUUAACAUCUUCCUCCAAACCUGGGUCAUCCUACGCAGGAUAACUAACCCCGCCUCCUCAAAAUACGGAGAAGGUCGACAUUGAACCCUCCAUUAUCACUAUAUUGAUGACUCUCAGCGCUACUAUGGCUGAAUGUCAGUAUGUUUGAGGGAAUGUAUUUGCCUCUUUAUAAUUGUGGGUGACUUAAUGGGUGCAUUUUUGCAACAAGUGUGGACUUAACUGAAGGUUAUGUGAAAUGGUUUUGUGAGUGUAUGUUUGCGGUUUGCCAUGAGUGAGUGACGCUUCCGAGUUGAGUGCUUCCGACGACCCCCUGAUCUACAAGGCCCCUGCAGCGUUGCAGAGUAGCUCCCUUGUCCCCUCCAAAAGAGCUCCGUCCCUCCACCAGCACUUACGGUGUCCCAGAUUUUGAGUGGUUGGACUGAGAGCAAGGGCUCUGUACUCCUCUCGGCCUCCUUCCUUCACAUUGACCUUAAUGACCAUGACUCAUUGACCAAUGCAGCCCCUCCCGGGGAGCUCACCUCUGCCUUCACUUCUUCGUAGACUGUUAAUUUGCACACGUAGACUGGUGCAAAGUAUUCACCCCUCUAAAACCAGCACGGAAUUCCAAGGAAUAGACACUUAGCAAUGUAAUUAUUACUAUUUUGAUAUUAUUUGACCUUUUUAAACAGUACUCCCACAAAGUGUUGAGAACCUUGAUUGGCAUUGCAACAAUACGAGUGUUCCAGAGCCCAGGCUGUGGUGCAAGGACAAUCUUAAACCCGUCAGCAAGUUGGGAUACUCUAGUCAGGGGUCUUGAUCAUAGCUAUUUUCCUCAAGUGGAGUACCGAAGUAGUCGUUGGGGUCCGUCUCUGCACUUCCAACCCCCUCCUCCUGCAUGCAACACGUGCAGAAAAAAUGCAAAAGAUUAGCUCUCCUUGAAACAAAAGGAUGAGUGGGUAAAGAGGGACAGCCUUACUUGAUGCGUCUGCCAUUGAGGAAUGAUGGAUGCAGCAAAUGUACCCAUGUAAAUGACCACUUGGUUGCGAGCAGCCAGCCUGCCUUUACACCCCUACACCACUAGGGGCAUCAUUGCUCAGGGCCCGGCACUAACCUUCACACUAACUGACUUUGGUUGGGCCUAUGAUUGCUUCACCCUAGUUUCAGUCAUCAAGAGCAGUAUAGCUUGACUUGUUGCAGUGUUAUAAAAAAAGGAAAAGCACAGGGUUUUUAGUGCAUUUAAAAGCAGACCGUAACCAGACUUCUGGAUACCAAAGCUGUGAUUCUUUUGAUCUAUUUCUUCCUCACUGUCUUCAUUUCUGCUUCCCCACUUUUAUUGGUAAGAGGGGAUGGAGGAGAAAAGAGAAAGUGGCUUACGAGAGAAUGCGGCAGUAUGUGAUGGUAUUUGAAUCCCUUCUUGGGGUGGUGUUUCCAGUCUGUCGUAUCAGAAGAAAAACUGCUUUCACUGCUGGACGAUGCCUUCCAUUCCUCUGGCUGGAAUUGAAAAUGGUGCUUCAAUCCCAACGAGACAGUGUCCACAUGAACACAGACACACAGUUAAACCUGUCUGGUCGUUUAGUGUUUACCAGCAAUGAACGCGCAGAAUAUUGAUGAUUUCACACAUUUUUUCCUUAGUAUUAAAGUAGCAGUCUGUGCAAUGUCUGCAUUUAUAUCAAGUUGUUGCAAUGUUGUAAUGUAUUUAACUACUUUUAAAUUAAAAAUCUGUAAUGCUUCCUUUUGAAAUUUAGAGUCUGCACUCUUGGGGGAGGCCUCAAAAGAACUGCAGAUGAGAGCAAAUCUGAUUUUCCUUAAGUGUGGUAAUUUCUUUGGGCUUUAGCGCUGAAUGUAAAAACGAGACUUAUUGGCGAUGACUUUCUAUUAGCACUUCAUUCUAUCUGUGGGUUCACGCCCCUCAGCUUUAACCAGACCCGACCGUAGGAGAUAGAUGGAUUGUGUUAGACAUGUGGUGCGUUCGGCCGUUCUCAAGGAGAGGCGUGUUGCAAGUAAUUGUUGGCUACCAAAAUAGCAGUCAGGCCGGAUUUCACGAGAUCCGAGUGAGAAUUGAGCUGAUUCCUCUCUAAAGUGUGAAAGCGAAGAAGUCUCAGUCAGUAUUACAUGCAACCUAAAUCAUCUGAAAUUCAUCCACGGAUAUUUCAAAGUCAUCCCACUGCAGUGCUUUGGGAAUAAAAUAGGGGUCCGUUUUUUGAUGGACUUCCAUGGCCUCCUUUUGGUUCCCCAGAGACGGCCUAUUGGAUUUGUCUAAUUGAUGGUUUGCAUGACCCAUUAAACCGUUUCUCUUGGUCCGUGUGCCUUAUAUUUAGAAAAGAAAAACCUAAAAACCAGCAACAUUGUAGUUAAAACCUGCAGACAGGUUCUGCAGUGGUGGGCGUGAUAGAUACUGUAACAAUGGCCGUCACAAUGUUAGAAGGUAUUGGUUGCUUUCUGCUCACUUUGAGCCGGAGUCAUGCAUGCCAAAAAUCGUAGGUCCCUGUUUUUAAACAGACCAACUUAAAUUAAACGCUCUGGGAAUUAUUCGGAUGUAGAUGCACUCUCCGUUGACCAGAUGUUUCAGAGGAAGUGAUUUAAACUGAGAAACGGGUUGAUUCCUGUAUGCUAACUUUGAAACCACUGACUUUGAGAAAGCAAAGCUUUUUAAUGACCACUGGCUGGUCUGUGUGUUGUGUUGUGGGAGAGCAACCACUUUUGUAUUGUAUUUUGCAUGGUGGCCUAACAUUGUCAUUAUAAUGACACUCGGUGUUGGAAUGCACUUUCUUCCCUUUGACUAUAGCUUUCUGUGCUUAGCAUGAAUUAUUCCUUAUGUAAGAUUGUUUUCUAAACCGGAUGAUUGUAGCACAAUGUCUCCACUUCUUUGUCAGUCUUUCAGAAUUUUCCAAAACGUGCUCAGUGAGGAGCUGAAUAACACAACUUUUUGGUUAACGCCUAGCUGGCACUGUACCACACAGUAGCUGUCUGCGUGCUAUGUGGCACACAUUUCCCAGGGUAAGAUCAGCACAGUAACACGAUGGAACAUUUGUUUGGAAAACUGACGCAAUCAAUCGUUUAUUUUAAGAUAUUGGACAGGAAACUGAAAAGCAUUCAUUUGAAUUUAAACCAAGUAUUGUAAUGCACAAAUUUGAAGACUGUCCUUAAUGGCUGAAAGCAACGUGUAUGUUUGGGUAAAGCCUGUGUGAAAUGACAUUAGGUUUCUGUAUACUAUAAGUUUAAAAUACAUAUCGCUAACUUUAAGUAUUUGCAAAUGAUUAGUGUGAAGAUGCACAGAGAUGGAGAAAAAGAGAUGCAACAUUUAAACCUUGUUCGCUUUAAACAGUCCUUUAUUUGCUCCUGACCCCUUUAGGACAAAGUCACACUCUGACAGGGUUGUAUUUUUCAUCUGGCUGGUCUUGUUGUAUCUUAACACAUCCUCUUUACUGUCAUUUUCUCCUGAUUUAUCUUUGGUGUAGCUUUUCUUUUCUUUUCUGGUGGCUAUGAGAACACUUUUCUUUAUCUGUAGGUGUCUCCUUUCCUGUGCCUUCAGUAAAAUCUCACACUUUUGGCUUUGUACACUUUGGCGGCACUAUACUUGCAUCCUUCUGGUCUCACAAUAAAGUUGAUUAAGGCAAGAAAUACGCACACACAUGGGAGCAAAGAUAUACAGUUGGGCAGCUUUCUUUGAUGUAAAGUGUUGUUGCAUGGUUACUGGCUAACUUCCACUGAUGACCCGGAUGGGGAACUUUGCAAGCUCGGUAUGUAAUAUCAUCUAUGCUAAAGAAGCUUGAAUUAUGAAGCGACCAAGAAACCCAGCAAACCAGCCGUUUUGGAAAAAAAACAUUUUUGCACUCUUUCAGGUGCCUGCACUUUUUAUUAUGUAGCCUAAUAAAGCUUUUUUGAUAAGUCAGCUGAAUUUUUGUAUUUAACACUUUUCUUGUUCAAAAUAGUAAUAUCUUAUUACUUUUCCACUUUCUUGUGAUCUGUCUCAAAGGCUAAUUCAAUACUUUUCCCUAUUGCUUCCACAAUUUAGCUGCAAUGUGAUAUGUUGCAAACAUGCAUGAAGUUUGUGUAUUCUAAUUUGGGGAACGGCAUCUGUGGACUACUGGUUAGAUUAGGGGCAAAUAUUAGCAGUGACUAUAUAUAUUACACUUUAAUGAAUAUAGUUUUUAUCCAAAGUAAAGUGUAGUGUUGUAAAUUUGACUCUCAUGCCAUACUGUAUCUACAGUAUUUAGUAAGCUCUUAUUAUAUAUUAGAGGCCCAGAACCGGCAGAGUCUUUAUACAGACGUACGUGGUGUGAUUAAUCCCUGGUCUACUGUCAUAUACUGUAUAAUAAUGGUAUGUUUUCUUCCAUUGACUAUUGUGUGCAAUAUAUUAAAAGGCGAAAGAAAAAGCACACCAAACUCACAAACUAUUAAGGGCUUUCAAGAAAAUGUACAACAAUCAGAAUGUUUUGCUCCUUUUGCAAAUAAUGUUUUGAAAAAAAUGUUUUGUCAUAUUUUUGAACCACUGUGAUUUGUACAAAAUUAAAAAAAUUAGAAAAAAUAGAUUUUUUUCUCCCUCCUUUGCCAAUUCAGUAUUUUGAUGUUUGACACGGAUUUAAAUAAAACAGUUUUGAACUUG